UAUGUUCGUGUGAUAUGUUAUCAUAGAUCGUAGGCAAGGUAUACUAGACACGUAUGGCCGAUUAGUUUACUGUAUUACACGAAGAGGAGUAUAUUUAUAUAUCUAUUUACUGCUACUGGAACCGUCACGACACGGCAGACUAUUUCACCCGUCGCACGAGAUCACGUCUUGGAAUGUCUUCACUUACCACUGAUUUGCCGAUUUCGCGCUAGCUGUCAUUGGGAAUUUUUGCAACCACCAAGGCUUACGCGUCCAACCUUCCGGAUACCAUGGAUUCGGAAAAUAGAUCACACCUCGUCAAAGGGACGCUCAGUUUGGAUGCCACUCCUGAGGUACCCUCUAGGGUGAUUAAGGUGUUUUUGUCUUCGACGUCCACUGAUAUGCUCCAGGAGAGAAACCUUCUUGUCGAAAAUGUCUACCCAAAACUGCGGGAAUACUGUCGGGAGAAGUACGGGCUGGAGUUCGAGGUGGUUGAUCCGCGAUGGGGGAUCAAAGAUGAGACCUUUGAUGACCAUUCCUUCACAGAGAGAAGCCUUGCUCAACUUCAAGAUUGCUGCAGUAGUUCACCGGGACCGUACUUUGUGGCUCUGAUCGGCCAGAAAUAUGGCAGACGCCCCCUACCUGCAGCAAUUCGAAGUGACCUGUACGAAAAUAUGAAGACAUUGUUGCGACGCCACAGAAGUCGUGAGACGAGGGAUGCGGGUCUGUUGGACCAGUGGUAUAGGCGAGAUGAGAAUGCUGUCCCGCCUGUCUAUAGAUUACAGCCCAUCAGUUCCAGGUUUCCUAGAUUUAUAAGCAAGGACGCGGUAGAGAUGCAAACAGCCAAGAAGUGUUGGGAGGAGACCGAGGUCGUCCUGAAACGUCUCGUGAAGAAGGGACUGGAGUUGUGUGUCAUUGACGGCAAGCUGGAUGACUACAGUAGACACCAGUUGGUCAUGUCAGAUCUUGAACGCGAGGUCCAGCUUUGCAUGAUGCAGCAAGGUGACCCAAGUGAAAACUGCCUCGUCUUCUACAGAAACAUAGAGGACUUAAAGAACUACAUGGACCACGAAAGGGCUUCGAAAUUCAUGGAAGUCGUCUACAACGAAAAGGAGGAGAAAAUCGAAGAGGACUUAGAGUGCCAAAAUCUAUUAAGAGACUUGAAAGAAAGAAAGAUCAAAACGCAAUGGAUAAAAGGGAAUGGCGUUGAAGAAAGAAGUGUGCUGUGGCGGUUUGACAAUGGAAUAAACCCUAAACUGCACGAGCAAUACUUGACGGCGUUCUCGACGAGCUUCCUUGAGAAGAUGACCAACCUUAUAGACAUUCACGCAGCCAGGCUCUCUAAGGGCUGUGAUGAUGCACUCCUCGACGAGAUCUCUGCCCAUUUGUGCGUCAUGAAAGCCAAAGCAAGCGACUGUUCCAUGCGGGACUCGACACUGGACGAUAUCAAGGAGUACCUAUGCGGAAAGAGCAGCAGUCCAUUGACUCUUUUCGGAGAAGCGGGGGUGGGAAAGGCGACUCUGAUGGCGGCAGCACAUUUGCAGGUACUGGAUUGGCUUGGAGAUGAUACUCAUGUUAUAUCACGCAUUGUUGGACUGACUACAGUCAGUUCAAACAUCCGGGACAUCCUGUUGACCGUCUGCCAGCAGUUGAUGACCAUCCUCAGCCAAGAGACAUCAACACUUCCGAAAAACGCAAAAGGGCUUCAGAGCUGCUUCCAAGAACUUCUAGACCAGUUUCCCAGUAGCAAAAACUUGGUGAUCAUGUUUAGUUCACUGGAAAGACUAGCGCCAGACGACAACGCCCAUUUCAUGGGGUGGCUGCCGAUUUCCUUAAAGGAGAAUGUGAAAAUUAUCCUGAGCACACUGCCAGAGACUCAUGGAUUACUGAAUCGUCUGCAAACUGAAAUUUACAGUGACUCUUGUAGUUAUUUGGAGGUGUUGCCACUUUCUUCUGACGCUUGUUUAAGUCUAGUGAGUGAUUGGUUAGAAAACGAUGAGAGGACACUGAGUGAAGAACAACAGGACACCUUAGGUUACGUGUUCCAGUCGUGUUCUUCUCCGACAUUCGCUCGGCUCAUUUGCGCGGAAGCCAAAACGUGGCCAUCUUGGUUUGCACCUUCUGAAGGUCAAUGCUUUAAAACAAUGGAGGAGUGUGCUGGGAAUAUGUUCGAUUUGCUCGAGGCGCAUUACGGCAAAGCUGUCAUUGAAAAAACUUUGGCCUAUUUGAUCGCCGCGGAUACUGGUCUGAGUGAUUGUGAAAUUGUCGACCUUCUCUCACUUGACGAUGACGUGUUAGCGGAGGUCUAUAAAACAUGGCAUCCGCCGGUCAGGCGCUGCCCACCGAUGUUGUGGCUGAUGAUAAAGUCUGACAUAUCAACAUUCCUGACAAUCCGAGACAGGGACGGUGUCACACUGUGUGAUUUCAAUCACACCCUCAUAAGAGAUAUUGCUACAAAGCGGUACUUAUCUGACGAGUCUCUAAAGAAGAACAUUCAUUUCAACCUGGCAGACUACUUCCUUGGAAAUUGGCAUGGCAAAAAGAAGCCGUUCCUCAUUCCAAAAACUUUGAUCGAAAUGAAGAAACUACCGGUCUCGGCAGCGGAGGCCGAUCGCCUUGUACCAGCCCAGCCUCUCACUUUCAGAAUCUCUGGGGGAUUCAACCGAAGGAAGUAUGAUCAGGUCCCCCGCCACCUCUAUCUCUCUGGCAGACUCGAUGAGCUAAACAUGCUGGUACUUUUCAACUACGAGUGGCUUUACAACAAAGCAAAAGCGCUAUCCUUGCAGCAUAUACUCCAGGAUUUCAGCUUAAACCCAAGCGUUGAAGCCCAGCUGGUCGAGGAGGCCUUGCGUUCGGGUCAAGCCAUCAUUGAGGCAAAUAUCAACAACAUGGCUGCCGAACUGGUAGGCCGUCUUCUGUCCUACUACCAAAGCCAUCAGCUGAUUCGUGAGUUGAUCAAUCAGAGCGACAAGACAGGUUUAAAGCACAGCGCUUUGAUCCCGGCCUACCCCUACCACCAGACACCUGGAAGUCCGUUACAGUUUACCCUUAACUGUGAGACAGCAAUGGACUUCUUCCACAUCUCAAAUGAUGGGCGGUACCUCAUGUGUAAAAAGAUAGACAGAUCAAUUGUGCGGGUGUUCGACCUCGCAACCGGAGAGCACAAAACUGACAUCCCUGUAUCCGUCGGAGACCUUCACGUCACUCCUGACGGGAAAUACUUCGUCCUGGUUGACCACGUGACCAGAAUGGCGGUCAAGAUACAUGACGCAGAGAGUGGAAAGUUCAUCGGGCAGCUCAUCCCUGCCAACCACAUUUCCCUCACCCCUCGGGAGAAGUAUACGCUCGAAAAGAUCAGCAUUUCAAAUGAUUACAUAUGUCUGCUUGUCUCAGCUGAGACGAGUUUCGUGUGCAUAGCUGAUUUGAAAACCUGUAAAUUCCUGCAUAUUGUUGGACUUGAGUCCAAAGGAAAUGUUUGUGAAAUCAUGCCAGAUAACAUGUUCGUUGUCUGUAACGCCGGCCCGAACAUUCUGUCGUAUAAUCUGCAAACAUUAGAACACGUUGGUAGUGCUAGGUAUGAGAAGAAACCCAUGAUGAUCGUGUUCACCAGUGACGGGAGUCGGGGGUUCUGGAUAGACGGCGUCGAGAACAAGGUGACCGUAAUGCAUCUAAAGAAUGGCUGCGUGGAGAUGUCUUACAGAAUAGUCUUGGAUCAUUCUAUGCCCAUGGAUCGGGUGUCUCACAUCGAGGUAUCAAAUGAGGACAAGUACCUGAUGGUGCGGGGGACUAACAAUAUUCUCGCCUACGACAUUCGAGGAGAGAAGGUGGUAGUCCGGUGUCAGCGCCCGCACGAUAUUCCCAAGGAGUUCCGACUACCUCAGUCUCAUAGCGUUGACAUGUGCUUCACUCAUGCAGCCUUCUCUCGCGACAACAAAUACCUCAUUGGCUCUAUCUUCCGCAACGUCUACAUCUGGCACGUCAGUGGAGGACAGCUUGCGACAACACUCCAGGCCCCCGUGGGCGUCAUCAAACGCAUUAUUGUCAAUAAGCACAACUCUCAAAUCAUUAGCUAUCUCGACCAGCAUCCAGCAAUUCAUGUUUGGAAUGUCGAAGACGCCAUGUACGACAUCGGUAUACUAGACAAGCUCACACGAGACAUAGUGGAAGUCCAAGUCACCAAGGAUGAUAAGACUAGUUUCGUUCGCUGCCGCAACAGUGAUGAAGUCGGUGUGAUUGACAUGAACACGGGGACGUUGACAGAUCUUCUGACUCAUGAUGGCGUCGUGACGAACCUCUCCAUCACCCCGGACGGACAGUACGCAUUCGUUGCAACAGAUACAAGGAAGCCGAAUGUCACCAACAAAGUAUGGUACGUCCCAGAGCGCAGGUUAGUGUACGAAUUCGGCAGCGAGCCCGCCUUUGGGGUCAGCACGUUCAAUGGCGACUCUAUCUACGUUAUGUAUAACCACAACACCGAGGGACACCAACCAACCUUUAUAAAGAAGCUUUGCUUAGACGAGGACACAGUUCGGGAGAUCAACUACACCAACACCGCGAAUAGGGCGCUUGGUCGGCCUUUCCUGUCGCCUGACGACCAACGCCUGGUCAUUCUGACUGAAGCCGAUGGCGGGGGAGUUUUCGACAGCAAAAUCAUCUCUGUCUUCAAGUUAUGCAAGGAUUAUUCACACACCAUGGACGCCAUUACGAUAUCGCCUGAUCACCUUCAGACGUUUGUCAAUGUCAAGAGAAUCUUAGACGCCAGACCCUGCUACUACAAACCAACCAUCUUGAUAAUCCUUUACGAUACACAAGAGAAGGUAGAGAAUGGGAUGAUGAACGUAGGUUCUGGAUACUGCAAAGGGCUCCUCCUAAUGGACUUGGAAACAGAGACUGUGGCUCAUGUUUGCGACAGCUUCCUCUCACCCAGCACACCUAUUGACAGCUCGUUACUCUUCAGCAAAGACAUGCGGAUCUGCCUCGAUAAGGAAUCCAACAUCUACGACAUCGAAACGGGGUUCUUCUUGAAUCAGCUGCACCCAGAAGGGAAGCAGCCGAUUGGGCUGACGCUUGGUGGGACUGUGGCAAUCUUCCAUGACAAACGAGAGGUGUAUGCGCUUCGUAUCGAUGACUGUGCGGAGAUAGCCAGGUGCAACAUUCAAGGAGAUAUCACGUGCGUCACCAUCGGUCAUGAUGAACACACCAUUGUCAUUGGCUGCGCUGACGGUCGCGUAGUUUCUCACGUGAUCAUAGACGAACAACGGGAGCAGAAGUCGGCCAUUAUGAAGCAAAUAGCGAGACGUCGAUUUCCAUUAUCUGAUGGCCGUGCUUCCAGCAGAUCGUGGGAUAAAGUAGAUACGGCAAGUGACCCUCCGUAUUCGAGACCAACAUCAGGAAUCAGCCUCGGAAUCGUCGAUAAAGAACUUCUACGCAAAGUUAAGCCGGUCCCGAGAAUUCGCCCAAAGUCUGACACUCUUCUGUAUCUCAAUCCGAAAACUUCAGUUUGCAGUGUUAUGAGUAAUUUCUCUAGUCCCGUGAACAGAAAGGACACACGCGAUCGAAUUAGGAUGUGGCUGCGCAUGUCGAUAUUUGUAGUGUUCGCGCUCGGGGCUGCCCAGGCCCAUAGCAUCCUUGCUGACCGGUUUCUCUUCCGCAAGAAAAGAGAUGUAUCCGCGGGACCUGACAUUCGUUACCUUUACAUCAAGACUGAUGUGGCCUAUCGUUUUGCCACCACGAAGGUUGCCAGCCUGUUGGCGAACAAGGCGAGGAAGUCUCGCGAAGCUGUCUUUACGAUCGAACUACCCAAGUCUGCCUUCAUUACGGAGUUCUCAAUGACCAUUGAGAACAUUGUCUACAAUGGCACAGUAAAAGCCAAGGAAGUGGCUAGAAAAGAGUACAUCGAAGCAAAAAGACGCGGGCAGAGUGUUGGACACGUUGCAGCAAAGACAAGAGAUGCCAACACAUUCGACGUGUCUGUCAACGUUGCCCCGCAGCAGAAGGUGACCUUCAACUUGACCUACCAGGAGCUCCUGCAGAGAACUCUUGGCAUGUACCAAAAUGUGAUGUAUAUCAAUCCGGGUCAAAUCGUCCCAGACUUGAAAGUGGACGUCUUUAUCAACGAGUCGAGAAAUAUUACGACCAUCAGGGUGCCGGAGUUGAAGAGAGACGUGGAGGAGUCAAUCAACUCACUUGAAGACAAUCCCAUCGCCGUUGUUGAUAAAUCGUCGCCAACGAGCGCCCACAUCAGCUAUUACCCAUCGAUCGAUCAGCAGAAUGUGAUCAAUGAGAAUGGACUCACUGGACAAUUCAUCGUACAAUAUGACGUAGCCAGGGACUUUGAUGGCGGGGACAUUCAGGUCGUUGACGGCUACUUCGUUCAUUUCUUCGCCCCAACUGGUCUGCAGCCGGUCAAGAAAAACGUCAUAUUCAUUCUUGACAUAAGCGGCUCGAUGUCGGGCAGGAAGAUUCAACAGGUCAAGGACGCCAUGAAGGUUAUUCUGGAUGACCUUCAACCCGGUGACCUCUUCAACAUCAUUCUCUUUGAUAGCCAGAUAGAGUUCUGGAACAAGACCAACCUCCUCGAGGCGACAGAAGAAAACAUUGAUGCUGCAAAGAGCUACGUGUUGAAUAUGGAAACUAGAGGCUCAACUAAUAUCAAUAGUGCACUCAUCGACGCCAUCGGGUUCCUUGACGAUAUGCGAAAUGAUGAGAAGGCGAUGAACCCGUCUUCUAUCAUCGUUUUCCUGACCGAUGGUGACCCAACCUCUGGUGUGACCAACAUUGACAGGAUUCUGGAAAACGUCAGGACCGCCAACGAGGACAGAUACUCAAUCUUCAGUCUCGGUUUCGGCGAGGGCGUCGACUUCGGCUUCCUCCGCAAAAUCUCUCUACAGAACAGCGGAAUCGCCCGAAAGAUCUACGCAGAUUCCGACGCCACUCUCCAGCUACAGGACUUCUACAAGGAGAUCUGUGCACCACUUCUAACAGACGUCAACGUCGACUACUUGGACAUUGAUAACACGACCAAAGUGACGCGACGGGUCUUCCCAAACUAUUUCAACGGGUCGGAGAUUGUGAUCUGCGGAACGUACACCCCGAGGGUCGAAUCUGGUCCACGAUUUAGGGCGGUAGUUCAAGGGAAGUCCAACGGGAACUCAAUAAUAAUUGAAAAGGAGUUGGAUGUCAGGAGCAAGACUGGUAUCCGUGCCUCGACGGAGAAGCUGUGGGCCUACCUGACCAUCAAGGAGAUGUUAGAUAAAAUGCAAUGUGCGACGAAUGAGACCAACAAGAAGGAGAUGAAGGCCGAGGCUCUACGGCUUUCACUGAAGUAUUCAUUUGUGACACCUUUGACAUCCAUGAUCGUGAAGAAACCUGACCAGAAUGCAACGCGAACAGACACAGAGGAUGAGGAAGUGGAAGCUGUAGAAGAAGCUGCAGACCUAAGACCAAGUCGAUAUUCGUCUUCUUCAGGUUAUGGGGGUUCGAGUGGUAGAUCCAGUUAUGCAGUUCCGAAUUCAGCUUAUGGUGGUUACGGGGCUGGCGCACCUGCCCUCGGCCUCCCGAUUCCUCGGAGGAAAUACGCUUCCUAUCCCUAUGGUGGAAGACCGGCGCCUACGUACAUGCCUAUGCUGGUAGCAACGAUGAUGUCCUUCCUGACCACCACUACCACUACACCUGCUACGACCACAACAGUACCAACGACUACCGCAAAACCUAAACCAAGGGUUCCUACAACCAGGGUUACCAUUAUGGGAGGUUCACCUAGUUUAAUGGUUGAGGUGACCGGUAGAUAUUUCUGUAUUAAUUGGCCCAUCACUGCGGGGAAAAUGCACACCUUAUUCAGAGAUUCGAAGAAGCAGACCGUCAUCCUGGGCGAAUUUGAAGAUUCUAACGGAUUUGUUGGACUGAAACAUAUCAUCAUUCGCAAUGAAGCCACUGGUGAGGAACUGGUCAUCGACAGCCAAACGAUUUCGAACAACUUCGCUUCGCAAAUCCAGAUCUUCACAUGGGAAAACGCCCAGUCUGAUCAGAUGAUUAGCAUGGUGGAUACCAACACUAUUACCGUACCAAAGCAUUCUCUUUCUAAUUGUAUUUCCCUGGACAUCGUCAGGAAGCAGCGGAACAACGACCACUACCUCGUUCUCAAAAUCAACUGGCGUCGGCGAUCCAGAGUUGGUCUCAGUGGAUUAUUAAGAAAUUUUGUCCUAGCGACCAUGAGUAGCACGGGCCUGAACACUAGGUCGGCAGGACUAACACCAGGGACUGGAAACCAGGGGGCCAUGAGAGUUGAAGACAUCAGCGGCCAGCAAAGGACAUGCAAACUUUAUGCUCGGGUCUAAUUUUAUCUAGGACAAAGCGAUGGAACUCUUCUAUUGCCCAUCCUCGUAUAUAGGGGCUUUCAAUAUGACGUAUAUGAUGAAGGAGCGACAAGAGCCUUUGUCUCUGAAGACUGACUUUCGUUACGUCUGGUUGAGAAUGCAGAGUGCAGACAUCCGCGGAAGAGAUUGUACAUCGGUUACCCUCAAUCCCGGGUACUUAAUUAUAUAUAUAUGAUAGAUUUUAUGUGGCGUUUACCAUUGACCAGAGUUUUAUCAAGGUGCUUAACAACAAUAUAAGCAAGCAUGACCUGUGAUGAACCAAACGUCCGCCAAAUACAUGUAAUAGCCUCAGACGCCCUUAGGCGAUCGGACAGCACUCUAGGAAUUGACUAUCUUCCAAAUGUAUUAUGUAAUUGAGGCUGGACUGAAUGAGACAGACCAUGCAGAUAGUGCCAGUGGUUCGAACCUACGAACAUUGCAUUGGAAUCCGCAGAGUCAAACACGCUACAGCCAAUAAAUAGAGCGCCACUGGGCUCAGGAUGUUAGAGAAAACGGACUAGAAGUUUUACUUGAAUACUGUGCAUGGCUUUUUCGUUAUUUUCGCAACAUACAACACUAUACAUGUACAUACCUUUAUAACGAAAAGUUUGUGAAUAAUAAAUACAUCUUGUGCUA